UCCAUUCUGCUGCGUAUUUGAUUUUAUGACUCAGUUUCGAUUUUAAAGUGUUUUAAUUUCUACUGUAAGAUUCGUUGUGCCAGCAGUUCUGAAAAUCGCUGGCAGUUAAAGUCCAGUCGAAGGGUGAAGACUUAUCAAAGUUCGGGAAGCUGGAGGAUCGAGGAAAGUUGACGUUGUCGGCGGUAAAACAGGCGGUUCUGUUCAUUCUCAGCAUCUCGAUGUCCACCAAGGUGGUAUAUCUGCAUCACGUUAAGGGGAGCUCCAUGGAUCACCAGCAGGAUGACCUGGAGGCCCGUGUCUCCGCAUUGGAGCAUCACCUGGAGAAUGAAGAGAGCCACGAUCGUCACCAUGCCGUCCUCUUCGCAGCCACCCGCAGUGUCAGGAACGGUCCACCGAAACCAGGGAGCCCUAUUGUCUUUGACCAGGUGCAGCUGAACCGAGAGGAAGGCUACACCAAUGACACCGGAAUCUUCACUUGCCCCGAAGAGGGCAUUUACUUCUUUGCCUUUUCCUUUCUGCCCAGGCGGGACAUCAGCGACACCAUCGUGGCCCUGGUGAAGAACAACGUUGUCCAUGAGCGCCUCUACAGCAGUCUCCCGGCCGGCACCACUCAGCUGUCCGAGCGUAGCUGCCUCUUACAGCUGGAGAAGGGAGAUCGGGUGUGGGUGAAACUGGAAAAGGGCUCAGUGUUCAUGCAUCAGGCCUCCAUGUCCUUCUUGGGGUAUCGCAUCUCCAGUUAACCCUCUCAUUUUGAUUGGGUAGCACUCCUUCCCCCUCCCCCUGUUCCAACUGGUACCCUCUCUCCUUCCAGCUUCUCGGACCCUUGCAGCGACCGUCUUCAACCGGAACCCCUACCACCCGCAACAUGCGCUUGUGAAUUUUCUUCCUGCUUCUACUAUUCCCCCAUG